AUCACUCUUCUUUCUCUUCUAGCUUCUCACAUAUUACGAUCACCACAAUCUGAAGAUGGCUGCAGUAGUUGCUGAUCAAGCCCUGGAUAACUCAAAUGUCUCGAGCAUCAAAUCACUAGCUGACUCACAAGCUCUCAACUCUGUGCCUUCUGCAUAUGCCUUCAACAUCAACCCCAACGAUGAAGCCGAUCCUAAUGACCCUGAGUUUGCUAUUCCCAUUGUCGAUAUGUCUCUUCUCACCUCUGGUUCUCCCGACGAGCGCGCGAAAAUCAUCCGCGAUCUUGUCAAAAUUUGUGAAGAAUGGGGCUUCUUCAUCGCAAUUAACCAUGGAGUACCAGAGAGCUUAAUGAAGGGGAUGAUCGACGCAUGUCAUGGAUUUUUCAGUCUUCCAGACGAGGAGAAGAAGGAAUUCAAAUCAGGAAAUGAUGUGCUUGAGAUGUUCAAGUAUGGAACAAGCUAUAAUCUAGCAUUGGACAAAGUACUUUUAUGGAGGGACUUCUUCAAGGUCCGAACACAUCCCGAGUUCUUCUCCCUCUACAAACCGGCAAGCUUCAGUGAGACAUCGCUGGAGUUUAGCAGAAGAAGUCGAGAAGUAGCCUUGGAAAUAACAAGAGCAAUAUCGGAAAGUUUGGGGUUGGAGCCGGACUACAUAUACAACACAAUGAACAUGGAUCGCGGCCUACAACUGCUAGCGGGGAACUACUACCCUCCUUGUCCUCAGCCUGAACAUGCCAUUGGUAUACCCCAUCAUACCGAUCAUGGUUUAGUCACACUCCUCAUCCAGAAUGAGAUGAAUGGUCUCCAAGUUGAGCACAAUGGAAAAUGGCUCACUGUCAAUGGCCCUAAGAAUGGCUUCUUUGUUAACCUUGCAGACCAAAUGCAGAUUCUUACAAACGGUAAGUACAAGAGUGUGAUGCAUCGCGCCACCGUGAACAACAAAGCUACGAGGAUAUCAAUAGCCAUACCACAUGGACCAUCCGUAGACACGAUCAUAGCACCAGCGCCAGAGUUGUGUGAAAGAGAAGGCCAAGCACCAAAGUACCUUGCAAUGAACUACAAGGAAUACAUCCAACUUCAGCAAAGUGGCAAGAACUACAUGAAGUCCACAUUUGAUCACAUCCGGGCCUAGCCUAGCUAUCUAGCUCGUUAUGUAUUGUAUUUUUUUGUUUUUUGUUUUUGAUGGACUCGUUAUGUAUUGUAUUGAAACUAUUCCGCUUCAUUAUUAUUGUUCUUGUUUCAAUAAUCAGUCCAUGCCAUCUUGAGUCUCCGGCCGAUGUUGGUGUUACUGGCUUCAAAGAGCUUUAGUAACUCACAAUUAUAUAAUGGAUGAGCAUGGAUAGCAAUGCUAAACUUGUGACGACAUUUUAAAUUUUGAAUUUAAUCCAUGAUUGAUAU